ACUCGGGCUAGUUUGACUCCGGUAUGUUGUGAGUGACGUACAUGCCGGUCGCGAAAUGUUUUAGCAUGGAUUGCAGAGAUUCAGACUUACCAAAUCUACUUUAUUUGUAUGUUACAGUUUAGGUAUGUUUUAGUAAUCGCGUAAUAUAUAUUUUACUGUACACGUUGAUCAAUAGAGUAUGAGGUGUGAAAAUCUGUUAGUUUAUCUAACUAGCUAAUCUUACAUGAAAUAGCUAGCUAGCUAACAUAAACUGGUCAGAAACUUUAGCUACAAAAUCCUAUUCACAGUGUAAAUGAUGGGGAAGGAGACCCAGUCCCUUCACCUGGAUGAGGUACUGUCUGUAAAGGAAGAGGAGUUAGGACAGGCAGAGGGAAAGAUUAACCAAGUGGAGGAUGAACAACCAGAGGAGGUUGAAGAGGAAGAUGAGGAGGACGAAGAAGCAUUACCACACUCGGAAUUCCUGGACAUAUUUGAAGAAGGACUGGCUCGCCUUGUACAGGACCCUCUACUCUGUGACCUUCCCAUUCAGGUGACUCUGGAGGAGGUGAAUUCCCAGGUUGCUCUGGAGUAUGGCCAAGCCAUGACUGUCCGUGUAUGCAAAGCGGAUGGCGAAGUAAUGUCCAUAGUGGUGGUGCAGAAUGCUAUGGUGCUGGAUUUGAAGAAAGCCAUUCAGAGGUUCAUGGAGCUGAAACAGCAACGGGAGGGUGGGGUGAAGCAUGUCAGCUGGAGAUACGUAUGGAGAACCUUUCAUCUCAUAUUUCAAGGGGAGAAGCUUGAUGAUGACAAAAUGAAAGUAAAGGAUUAUGGGAUCAGAAACAGAGAUGAGGUGACAUUCAUGAAGAGACUGAGGAAGAAGUGAAACGGAGGUAGUCCUUGUUGAAAACAAGCAAAAUAUUUCACUAUUUCCUGGCGUACAUAGAGGAGCAUCACAGUUCCCACAGCACAAUCUGGGAGCAACCAGUGAAACCAGGUAAAAAUCUAUAAUGUCUCAUUACAGUAAUAAUUUAAUUUGCAGCAGCUAAGAUGGCUAAGAGAAAAUGUGAAAUAUAUUUUGUAUCUUUGAAAUCUUGUUUUUUAGUCAUGUUGGGUCACAUCAAUCUAUCUGACUUGUACAAACAGAACGUGAUCUCCUUACAUUAGUUUGUCUCGGUAUGAAGUAUUUGUAGAUGUGCAAGGUUGAUGCUUACAUUGAUACAUAAAGUUAGUGCUGUGUCUUUUGGCUUAUCAUCCAAGUUGUAUAACAGGAAUAGAUCGAAUUGAUCUGAAUGCGUCUAACUUCAUGACCCAAUCAUCUGAAGAAUAGGAUUUGUUGUCCUAACACUAUAUAGUUCUGGGCGACUGGCAUGCAUUUCAGACCGGACUACCUGAUUGGUGGCAUUGACUGGUGGUGGGUUGAAAUGUUCCACCUUUGUGAUGUCUGAUGCUGGUGGUUCUUUUCAGCUCCCAGGAUGU